AAUCAACGUUAGCAGACUCCAGUUUGGCUUCCCUUUAUUUGUUAUGUCAAUUUCUUAACAUUCAAUGACACUAGAGAUUAUGUAGUCCAAUCUUGCUUUCUGGGUUUGCUUCAAGUUCUAAAAUUUUUUUUUUUUUUAACUUGUUUUCUUGGUUUCAUCUUGUACACUUGGCAUAACUAGUUUCGUUAUUUACGGUGGAGAGUUUUAGAGGAUUUUCUUGUUCUGUUGUUUAGGGUGGAGAGUUGUAGGGGACUUUCUGGUUCUGUAAUUCUUUAGCUCUUGUGUGUUUCAGGGCUUUAAAGGGGCUAAAAGUUUCCCAAUUUGAUAUCUGCUAGUACUUGACAAGGGUUUAAUUAGUGAAUCUUGAAGAGGGGCCUGAACCAUAUACCUAUCUCUAGUGGAACUCAUGGCAUCAAUCCCGACUUUCAGGGUUUCACUUUAUGGUGUAAAUUCAGAGUAUAGGCCUCAUUUCCGAGUGAGGGGUCAGGGGUUAGGAGGUAAUGAUUUGACAAUGGUGUCUUCGAGUGAUGGCAGGGGUGGAAGGUUGAAAUCUAGUGUUGAGAAAAAGUUAGUGAAAGGUUUGGUUUCUGAGCAUUUGGAAGUCUUGUGGGAUGAUGGUUAUGGUACUAAUACUGUGAAAGAUUGCCUUACUGCAUCCAGCGAAAUGAUUAAGCCUGAUGGUGGACCGCCUCGUUGGUUUUGCCCUGUUGAGUGUGGGUGUCCAGUAAAGGAUUCUCCUGUUCUUCUAUUUUUGCCUGGGCUUGAUGGUGUUGGGAUGGGCCUAAUGUUGCACCACAAAGCUCUUGGGAAGGUGUUUGAAGUUAGAUGUCUUCAUAUUCCCAUUUAUGAUCGGACACCAUUUGAAGGUUUUUAUCCUCCAAAGCCUAUGGGUUUAAUUUACUUGAGUUUUACUUUGAUGUUUGGUGUAAUGGUGGAUUGAGGUUAGAAUCCCACAUUGAAGGCAAAUCAAGCAUGGUUGUGGCUUAUAAGAUGGGGUCAACCAUCCUUGAAUUACCUUUGAUGUGGGAUUCUAAUGUCACUCCACCAUCACACCACUGAUAAUCAGCUUUACGCCUUUUCUGAGGUUUCUAGAUCUCCUGUGUGUACGAAGUAUCCUUCUUUCCUUCAAUGGAUGAAUUGGAAGGCAUAGUGUAGUAAAGAAAUUGCAAUCUAUCUUACAUUGUGAAACUAUUCCAUUUUUCUGAUACUGGAUAUGCAUGUUAGUGAACAUAUUUUUCUCCUUUUUGUAUUUGUAUGUCUUUAGAGCAUGUGUAUUUUUUGUUCUUGUCGAGUCAAUAAGAUCACAUCCUUCACUCAUCAAAAAACAAAAACAGAUCACAACCUUUAUCAGCAAUUUAAUGUUUCUUUUUUAUUGGAAAUUCAAUGUUGCUUUAUUGAAUGAAGAACUGGUGAAGUUAACUGAAGAAACUAUUAGGCUUGAGAAUGCCUUGUCCCCAAAUAAACCAAUCUAUUUGGUGGGAGAUUCUUUUGGGGGUUGCUUAGCACUUGCAGUUUCUGCUCAUAAUCCCAAGAUUGACCUUGUAGUGAUACUAGCAAAUCCAGGUCAGUUUUCAUAUUUCCA